GGAAUAGGCUAGUGUGUCCAAGUGACAGAAGCCAGGGGAACGUUGGAAUCCGAUUUGAGACUGACAAUUCCAGCAAAUUGCUUUGGCCAGUCACUUCGAGCUGAAGUUUCGUUGGAGUUGCACUAAAUUACAUACAUACAUUAUUUUGUAUAGAUCGGGACUUAGUUAGGCCAGUAGCUAUGAUGCCCCUUUACAUGGUCCAAUGGCGAGUGUACGUCUAUGCCAACUCGCUGUAUUCGCUGCCGGAACGCCAAAAGCCCGACUAUCGCGAUUGGUCGCCGCAAUUUUUUAGCCGUAAUCCCUUCGAGAUCCAUCGGGUUAUGAACUGGGUGAACCGGGAUAUUUCGGUGCUCGUUAAAACCGGGAAGUCGGAUGUGUUCUGUCUGUACGAGACGAUCCUCAGCCUGCUACCCCGUGUCAGCAUGAAGAGCUCAAGCUUCGGCUCGGAGCUGUCCAGCUACUUUGGCCCCAAGACCCAUCAGUUUGUCCACGAGCUGAUCAACUUUGCCCGAUCCCCGUACAACGACCUCAUUGCCUACGAGUGUAACACCCAGUACAGGGCGUUGCCGGAGGUUGAGAAUGCCCCCAGCACCUCGUCGAUGGCCAGGGUGCGCCAGGAUUUGUCCUUGAGACUGCACAGCUUUGUGGAGUUCUCGCGGCGCAUCAACCACGACGAUUGCGGGGGCUUCGAGGCGGACCUGGAGCUGGAGGAUGAGGACUUCGGGGAGCUGCAGGAUCUGAUGAGAGAGCAGUUCAAUCACCCUUUGCCGGGGCCAAGUGGCCCGGUUACACCAGCUACUGGUCAGGGAGGUCAGCAAACGGCGGCCCAAACAGGCGGACAAACCCAGCAGCAGCAGCAGCCGGCUCAGCAAUCCCAACAGCCAGCAGCACAGGCAGGACACCAAAACCAAAACCAGCAGCAACACCAACAGGCCACGCAACCAGGCCAUCAGCCGGCCACAUCCUCCGGUAGCAGAAUGCAAGUGGAAGAUCUGGAUCUGGAGAUGGCCAUCGAGCGCAGCAUGUUCGAUGCCAGGACAGGACAGGAUGGCAAUCUCGUCCUGCCGAGCGGACGAUUGAUCCGUUUGGGCAAUGCCCGUUUAAUGCGCAAUCUCAAUGCACACGCCAUCGGAUCCGUAUCCGGAUCUCGGCAAACUGCCGUUCGCUCCCGUCGUCGUCACCCGCGCUAGGAUAAACCUUUAACUACAAUGUCCUGUUGCCACUUUUUAAGCUCAUGUAUAAUACAUAGUAACUAAUGCGCUGAGAUCUCUAUUUAUGCUCGCGAACACGGCAAAAAAAGGGUUCAAAUAGC